AUGGAUGUUGAUAUGGAUGUUGACGAGGCUCAUGGACCUGAUGAUUCGGACUCGAGGCCCAGAUCUGACCCAAGUUCGACCCCUGGCUACCACAACGCCUCCAACCAAAGACAUUCGACUAUCCGAUCUCGAGCAACAAGGUUACUAAGGCGAGAGGAACAAACGCCACUCUCUCGCGUCCUACAACUUGCUGCAACGGCAAUCGCUGCCCAGCUUUCCGGGAAUACAAGUCCAGCGGUACCUAGCAUCCAAUCCGUUGGCGCAGACGGCUUUGAUGGUCCCUUAGAAUCACUCAUGAGCGGCUUACAGCAGGUCUCAGCUAACCAGGAGACUAUAAGUAACCUUGAUGCUCCCCACGAUCCAAACGUUCCCCAUGUGAACUUCUUAAGGGUGUUCAGAUUCGUAAAUCAGGACAGCCCUUCUCCUCAGCAAAACUCAGGUGAAGGAAGUGAGGGCAAUACCGACCAGAUGGAUAUUGACGGGCAAGGCUCAACAGACGGGCAUCAAGAACGACGUUUGCUCACUUUAGUCGUUGUUGGUGUGAGAGCUGCACCACCCGCAAACGGAGCCGCGGGAGACGCUGCCACCAACAACCGCCUAAAUGUAGAAUCCCUCCUCCGAUUACCGCUUCUUGCCCCAGGUAACUUCCUCCGCAAUGAUAGAAAUGGCAGUAACUUUUUACGACGCUCAGAUGGCCGUUCAAGAUUCUCCCCGCGACGUUAUUCAGUUGGAGGCAGCACUUUCCCAGCAAACUACGAUAGCCAGCGUCAUUUCAGAUCUCAGAACUCUUCCAGGCGACCCUCUGAUGUUGGAUCCUCGAGUGAUUUAGCCAGCUCGCUUCCGACUAUUCUCUCUGACAGCCCCCAAGGCCCAAACCCGCCUCCAUCCACGCCAGCAGAAGCGGGGUUAUCGAGGGUGUCGUCCGCCGUCAACACCCCAAGCAGGCGGCCCUCAUCUGCAUCAGCUAUUCUUCCCCAGCUCAAUGAGGAUGGGACUGGAGAGUCAGUUGACCCAUUGGAAGAACACCCAAUGGGCUUUAACCCUGCAAGACAGCGCCGUAGGAGCGAUUCAGAGGCUGCUCGUCAUCGUGGGCUGGGCUCCGGUGCUGCGCGAAGAAAUGGAGUAGUAGAACCUGAUGACCCUUCUCCAUCUGGAGGCCGAAGCUGGCUAAUUUAUGUUGUUGGAACCAAUCUGGCUGAGAAUCACCCGGCAUUUGCUGCGCCCAGCCUGUUUACAGAUAACCCGACAUAUGAGGACAUGAUACUCUUGUCAUCCUUACUGGGCCCAGCCAAGCCUCCUGUUGCAACACAAGACGAAAUAGCUUCCGCAGGCGGCCUAUAUCGUCUUGUAGAGUACUCUGGGGCUCUGGUUGCAGAAAUAAUCGGCGAAGAAACUCGGGAGAACAUUCCAAUAGCUGAGAAUGAUCGUUGUCUCAUAUGUUUAUGUGACUAUGAGGCUGCCGAGGAAGUGAGAAUAUUGAAUAAAUGCAAACAUGUUUACCACCGCGAGUGCAUUGAUGAGGUACGUUCUCAUUUACUAAUGCUAUAG